CGCGCAAUGGGAUAUCUAACGAUGAAGCUCUUCAGCUGUUGCCACACCACUGUAGAAGCCAUCUCUCAAUCUGUGUGUUUUGCAGAAACCCAAAGGCCAACUGACCUACUAGUAUGCGGGUUGUUUUUAAUGUAAAAAGCCUGCUGUGUGGGGGCUUAAAUAAAUGCAAUAGCUGCCAGCCAAAUUCGAAACAAACAACAUGUCACGCUAUUGGUGUACACUGCUUCUAAUUGGGAUUGGUUUGCAAGUCACCAGCGAAGCAGAAGGAGUAGAACUAAGACUGAAAGUGGGCGAAGCGCAGCAAGGAAAGUUUUCCAAUGAAAUAAAUGAGUACAGCAAACCAAGAGAGGCAUAUAAUGCACCAGAAGUAGCAGGAGAGAAAGGAGUGGCUGGAGCUGAGGCAACAGCACAAGAAGAUCAACAGGAUGGCAAGAUAGUGAAUGGCACCUUAGCUGACCAAGGCGAGUUCCCCUAUGCGCUAUCACUGCGUCGUGCCAAGACGGGCGCACACUCGUGUGGAGCAACAUUGUUGAACUCCCGUUGGGUAUUGACAGCGGCGCAUUGUGUGCGCGGCUCCAAGCCGGAGCAGCUGAAUGUGCAAUAUGGCAGUAAUCAAAUCGACCGCAAUGCCAGCCAGCUGGCUUGGAUAACAGCCAUACAUGUACAUCCUGGCUACGAGCCGCAGGACAAGUACAUUCAUGACAUAGCGCUGCUGCAGCUGAAGGUGCCAAUUCUCUAUAGCCGCAGUGUGCAGCCAGUGCGAUUGCCCAAGCCACUGCAGCAAGUCGAAGCGAAUAGCAGCGCCAUACUCGCUGGCUGGGGAUUGAAUGCAACUGGAGGCGCGCUGCAAUUGAAGCUGCAGAAGGCGCAGCUGCAAGUGUUCAGCGACGAGGAGUGCAGUCGACGUCAUGAAACGCAACUACACCGUAGCCAGCUCUGCGCUGGCCUGCCCGAGGGCGGGAAGGGACAAUGCAGCGGCGAUUCAGGUGGCCCGCUACUAUUGCCCGCCUUGGACACCCAAAUUGGCAUCGUAUCGUGGAGUGUGAAGCCCUGCACACGUCCACCCUAUCCGGGCGUUUUCACCGAAGUCUCUGCCUAUGUGGAUUGGAUAAGAGAGACAGUGGGCUGUCAUGAUCCACAUCAUUCACGGCUCUGGAUUGGCGAUCUGGUUGUGGCACGUAAACCACCUCCACUCCACAAUUAACACUUUUAUAUACAAUAGAAGAGCGAAGCUAUGAAUUGGUCUACAGCAACA